AUGGCAGACAAGACCUUCAAGCUCAACACCGGCCAGGACAUUCCCGCUCUGGGCCUUGGCACAUGGCAAGGCGAACCCGGCAAAGUCAAGACCGCAGUUGCGCACGCCCUCAAGGCCGGCUACCGGCUGAUCGACGGGGCCUACUGCUACGGCAACGAGGACGAGGUCGGACAGGGCCUAGCGGAGGCGUUUGCUGCGGGCCUCAAGCGUGAGGAUGUGUUUGUCGUGAGCAAGGUGUGGGCUACGUACACGACGCGGUGCGAGCUGGGGCUGCAGAAGAGUCUGGACAAGUUGGGGUUGGAUUAUGUAGAUUUGUUCUUGGUCCAUUGGCCUUUGUUGAUGAACCCUGAAGGCAACGAUGACCGGUUCCCCAAGCUCCCCAAUGGUGAGCGCGACAUCAUCCGCUCACACAACCACGUCGACACAUGGAAGCAGAUGGAGAAGCUCGUCGCGACGGGCAAGACCAAGGCCAUUGGUGUUUCUAACUACAGCAAACGCUACCUGGAACAGCUGCUCCCGCACGCCACGAUCAAGCCGGCGGUCAACCAGAUCGAGAACCACCCUGCCCUGCCGCAGCAAGAGAUUGUCGACCUCUGCAAGCAAGAAGGCAUCCACAUCAUGGCGUACAGCCCGCUGGGCAGCACGGGCGGGCCGCUGCUGACGGCCGAGCCGGUGGUCCAGAUUGCUGAGAAGCACGGCGUGCCGGCGUCGACGGUGUUGUUGAGUUACCACAUCCCCCGUGGCAGCACAGUCCUGGCCAAGUCGGUCACGCCGUCGCGCAUCGACGCCAACCUGAAGCUGAUCGACCUCGAUGCCGACGACGUCAAGGUGCUCAACGACUACUCGGAUAGGUUGGGCAAAGAGAAGAAGUUCCAGCGGUUUGUGUAUCCGCCGUUUGGUGUCGAGUUUGGCUUCCCGGAUAAGUCGUAG